AGACCCAUGGAGAACUUGGGUCGGGGUGUCGUAGCAGUCCGAAAAAGUAGCAGUGAGGUCCUUGUAUCUUGGCGUCUCCUCGGUCUCGAUAAUCCCAAGAUCGGAUUCAAUGUCUAUCGCGCCACAGAGAACGGAAAUCCCUUGAAACUCAAUUCAAAUAUUCUGGCAAAAGGAACAAACUUCAUCGACUCUGAGGCGGACUUGGGUAAGGAUAAUCAUUAUCACGUCCGCCCCGUCAACGAUGGAAAUGAAGGCCCAGCAAGCGGGACGUUCACACUCGAUUCAGACCAUAUGAUUGAACCGAUUCAUCGCGUCCCUAUCAAGGAAACUGGCAACAUUAAAUACGUCUGGGUAGGGGAUCUUGAUGGCGAUGGUGAAUACGACUACAUUGUAGACCGGCACAACACUGUCCAAAGCAUCGAGGCCUAUACCUCCAACGGCACAUUCCUAUGGGAAGUCAAUCUCGGCCCUAACAGCGAGAAUCAAAACAACAUUGAGCCUGGAGCAACUGCAAUUAGCAUCGGACAUUGGGAUGGCGUAACUUCAUACGACCUUGAUGGCGAUGGCAAAGCAGAGAUUGCUCUUCGAAUUGCCAACGGAGUCACGUUUGGCGACGGAACCAGGUUCGAACACGCCAACAAUGACGAACAAUUCAUCGCUGUACUCGAUGGGUUUACUGGUAAACUGAAGGCGAAGUCCCCAAUACCGACCGAUUACAUCGCAAACGGUCCUUUGGCUGCUCGUUUGAUGGUUGGUUAUCUUGAUGGCAAAACUCCGCACCUUGUCGCUUGGAUGAAAAAUCGCCAACCCAACAAGGGCGACUUUAAUCGCAUGAUGGCCGCUUGGACAUUUGAUGGGAAAGAGCUUACAAGAAAGUGGGUCAAGAAGGGCGACGACUUCCAAGGGAGACCGGAUGGACACAAUUCACGCGUGAUCGACGUUGAUGAAGACGGGUUUGAUGAAGUUUGUGAAAUUGGCUUUUGUCUCAAUGGACGUGAUGGAAGCAUGAAAUAUGGAAUGCCCAGCAUUGUUGUUCAUGGAGACCGCUGGCACAUCGCGAAAAUGGAUCCCGACCGCAAAGGCCUCCAAGGGUACGGAAUACAGCAGAAUAAUGAGAAUCUACUUGAAGACUACUACUACGAUGCUACAACGGGAAAGCUACUGUGGGAACAUUAUGGAACUGAAGUUGGAGAUGUCGGAAGAGGCAUGGUGGGAGAUAUUGAUCCAAAUCAGCCUGGAAUGGAAGUCUGGGCAUUUUCUGGAUUGUACAACGCUAAGAGUAACAAAAAAGUUUCCGAUGAGGCACCAUGGCCCCAGCUCGGCCUAUGGUGGGAUGGCGACGUGACUAUGGAGCUGUACAAUGAUGGCAAGAUUGAGAAAUGGAACCCUUCCACUCAAUCAGUCGAACGCCUUAUUACUGUUUCAAAAUUUGGGGCGGUCAAUCCUGGUGGCCGUCAGCCUGGUUUCGUUGCUGACAUCUUCGGCGACUGGCGUGAGGAGGUCAUACUAAAGAAUGAAAAGAACUCUGAGCUACUCAUCUUCACAACCGACCAACCCAGCGACAUCCGGUUAUAUACGCUUGCGCACAAUCCUGCGUAUCGAAAUGAUAUGACGGUCAAAGGAUAUCUUCAGUCUCAUCAUGUCGAUUACUUCCUCGGUCACAACAUGGCGACUCCCCCCAAACCGGAUAUUUCCUAUGUCAAACGGUGAAUAAGUAAUCGCCAUGCUGCAGCACGUGUUCUUCAGUCUGUAGAUGUUAUCCCUUUGGAUGAAACGCGU